CGACCAACGACGAAAAGCGACAAUGAACCACUCUUACAGAGCCGUGUCCUCACCGGGAAGGCUUUCGAUGCCCAGCCCCGCUGCUCCCCUCGCCCUUUCAGAUUUCAUUCUCCAAAGACCACUCUCGCCAUAUUCCUUUGCUUACGAUGGACAAGCGGCUGCAAGCCCAGACGCUACCUUGGCCGAAGGCGACCACCAAUCGUCGCAGCCCCAGCUACUAGGCGAAACAAGCAGAACGAGAUCAGCAGCAACAGUACCGAUGGCCAAGCUAGGAGGUGAUAGUCCGGCCAAGUAUCCGGGACUUUCAACCGUCUCGAUUGGUGCCCCAAGUCCAAGUCAGGAAGCUGUACGGAAGGAAGAAGGAACAUCGGAAUCUCUGUCAACAACGACACCCUUGGAGUCUCCACCGCCCGUAACGGCUCAGAACUGGUUGGCGACACGUCAACAAAUCAUACCCGGGCGCAAUGUCAAGAAGGCUGACUGGAUCCGGGGAUGGAGCGAGUCUGUCGUUAACCUUGGGAAUACGACAUAUUGUUGCUGCUCAGAAAGCUUCACGGCCAGGGGCCGCGGAUGGAAGGGCAAAGGGGGUGAUCUCACGAGCGGGGUGCGAGCCAUUCUGCCGGUUACUAGAUCCUCCUCUGGCGGCCUUGACACCGCAGUAUCACAGAAGCAUUUGGACCGAAAUCUCACCGCCAGGUCGACGCCCGUGAGCGGCGCCUACGGUAACAGACAGCAGAAGGCCACGGCGCCCCCAGUCAGACCAUCGCGUCUGUCCGGUUUCAGUGCUAUAAUAUCGAAGGAAGCCCCUGAUAAUCAACCGAAGAUGACAAAGAAUUCGUGGUCAACAACUCCAAGACAGCCAGCCGUGUUGAAUGGCACUCGCGGAGGCCAUAACCAGCUGCAGUCAGAAUCAGACGACGAGUCGAGCGAUUCCGAUGACCCUCGGGCAAAGAUCGGAUUGAAAGUCAGCUAUGCACGUCUGCAGCGGGCAGCGAAACUGUUGGAGCGCAACAAGUCAUGACGGACAUAUCAUGACGGAUUGGAGAGAUAAACAUCGGCCGGGUCUGAUGUCAGAUGCAGCGGGCCCGGUGGUGGUGUUUAUCUUGAAUCAGGAAGGAGUUUCGGGCCUGAAGAACAAUGCAGCAUAGCUUCAUCCAUACAUCUACCGGGCGAGAGCGAACUAGAAGCGGAGAAAUAUAGACAGCACACAGCAUACAUGGGGUUAAUACGGCGCAAAUUGGGGUAAUGCUCUUUUCUGGGGUGUUUGUUGGUCCACCAAGCUAAGAUGGAUGUGCUUUGUGUGCAGGAAGACGUGGAAGGUAGCAUCAGGAGGUCGGCAUUUUGGAGAGGGGUGGAAUGCGUGAAGGAAUUCAUGGGUGGCCGAUGAAGGAGCUUGGGAUAUAUAACGGCGUAUGCACACUCGGGAUGAACAAUCCACGAGUGUCGUCUCUUAAUUUGUCUUUUGAGUAUUGGUAAGGAAGAAGGGAAAUUGUUUAGUUGUUCGGCUGGCUGGUUCGGGCUGGUUUUGAUACCCCUGUUCAUUCAAUGCAUACAUAUGGCAUAGGUAUAUGGGAAAGGGAAUGUUGCAUUGUUGUUAGCAUGUCAGAUGGAGGAAGGACAAUGUACUGUACUGACUGACUGCAUUACACAAACCCUGUACUAACAUCACGGUUACAUGGAGAUAAUUACGUUUACGCUUUU